AUGGCUCUGAUAGAGUCCCAGCACACUGUGGAGGCAGCUGUAGGAGACGAAGCCUCCUUAAACUGUUGCCUGAUGCAAUCUAGAGAUGUUGAGAAAGUCACAUGGCUGAAGAUUUUACCUGAGGGGGAGAAGAACCUUGCUGCUAGCCACAAAGACUUCGGUGAAAAAGUGAAUCCUGACUUUACAGAUAAAAUGGAGUUUAAAUAUGCUGGACAGCAAAACACCUCAAUAGUUAUCAGGAAGGUGAUGGUGCAGGAUGAAGGGUGCUAUCGCUGUAUAUUUGACACCUACUCUGAAGGUGCUCACACUGAUACAACCUGCCUGCAGCUCUAUGAGCUGCAUGGACCCUUUCUUCAAGUCACAGAAUCAAUAGAUGUGUCCUGCUCAGCCACAGCUCAACCUCCUCCCACAGUAACACUGACUGUCCCUAACUACAGCUCUAUCAGUGUCCCCAACAUCAACGGCACAGUCACUGUCACCGCUACAGCUGGGCUGUCUGGUGUCCAUGGCAACAGCACACAGGUUGGAUGUGCAGUGAGAGUGCUCUCUGGUCCUCAGAUAGAGGUGUCUAUGAUGAUUCCUGAGGUCAAACAGUCGUCUGAUGAUGAUUUCACUCUGAUCACCGUGUUGUUCGUGGUUUGUGUUUGUGUUGUUGCUGCAGUCGUCAUCGCCCUGCUUAUACGGAAAAUUCGGAACCGUCGGUCACUCAGGGACUCUGAGGAGAACAAGACACCACAAAAAGCAAUCAAAGACACUGAUGAGUGA